AUGACAAAUCCACUGUCUAACCCAAACGUAAAUCGGCAAGUUUCAGCAAAUCCGCGCGCGCACGUGGAUGAAAGUCUCCAUGUGCAUGGGCGCGUGCGCAAUCUCCUCCUUGCGAGUCGCCCCAUAUACCGCCAACCGAAUCUUGUGACUGUGGCAGCGCUUUGCCUGCCAUUGUAUUCCGAACCAGGAGAUCAGAAUACCACCCCUGCGCGUUUUGGUGACACCCAGGGCUUUUACCGCAACGGUUGUUGGUACAAUGGCCAAUUAAAUCAGGAGCCACCAUCGACUAAUAACCAACAAUUUUAUCUAUUGGCCUAUCUGCCAUCAAUCACCAAUGUCCAGCCUGUUCAAAUGAUAUGGCACGUGGCUCCAACUCAAGGGUCACCACCACCACCACCGCAACCGCGCUGUUGGUUGCCACCAACACCACCACCGCCACCGCCACCACCCCAGUUUGUGCUAAACGGUCUCCCUGUGCCGGUGAAUUAUAUAAUGGGCGCGCAGCCUCAAAGUCCUGUGUAUGCACAGAAUCCACAGGCACAGGCCAUGUACGCAAUGCAAAGAGCUACCGUGCCACCGAUUCCACCAGUGCAGACACUUCCACAGCAAGCCCCUUCAUCGAAUCGACCGAUUCAAGCUUUAGCUCCAAUGAUGGUGAGCCGAGGGGUUCAGGUACCCCCACGUCGUCGGCGACCAUCAUUUAGACACCCGUCUCAGCAAAAUCCAGCUCCACCAACAAUAGAUCAUGCUCCAUCGCGGAUGCAUUUACCAGGCGCUGGAGGCCGCAACCUUGCAUCCCAGAAUCCGGGGCAAUCCGAUCCUGCUCCAUCGCAGAUGCAUUCACCAGGCGCUGGAGGUCAAAACCUUCCAUCCCAGAAUCCCUCAAAACAUCGUCAAUCUCCACUUACGCGUGGUAAGGGGCAAUCCGAUCCUGCUCCAUCGCAGAUGCAUUCACCACGCGCUGGAGGUCACAACCAUCCAUCCCAGAAUCCCUCAAAACAUCGUCCAUCUCCACCUACGCGUGGUAAGGGGCAAUCCGAUCAUGUUCUAUCGCGGAUGCAUUCACCAGGCGCUGGAGGCCUUAACUUUCCAUCCCAGAAUCCGGGGCAAUCCGAUCCUGCUCCAUCGCAGAUGCAUUCACCACGCGCUGGAGGUCACAACCAUCCAUCCCAGAAUCCCUCAAAACAUCGUCCAUCUCCACCUACGCGUGGUAAGGGGCAAUCCGAUCAUGUUCUAUCGCGGAUGCAUUCACCAGGCGCUGGAGGCCGCAACUUUCCAUCCCAGAAUCCGGGGCAAUCCGAUCCUGCUCCAUCGCGGAUGCAUUCACCACGCGCUGUAGGUCACAACCAUCCAUCCCAGAAUCCCUCAAAACAUCGUCCAUCUCCACCUACGCGUGGUAAGGGGCAAUCCGAUCCUGUUCUAUCGCGGAUGCAUUCACCAGGCGCUGGAGGCCGCAACCUUCCAUCCCAGAAUCCGGGGCAAUGCGAUCCUGCUCCAUCGCGGAUGCAUUCACCAGGCGCUGGAGGCCGCAACCUUGCAUUCCAGAAUCCGGGGCAAUCCGAUCCUGCUCCAUCGCGGAUGCAUUCACCAUGCGCUGGAGGUCACAACCUUCCAUCCCAAAAUCCCUCAAAACAUCGUCCAUCUCCAUCUACGCGUGGUAAGGGGCAAUCCGAUCCUGCUCCAUCGCAGAUGCAUUCACCAGGCGCUGGAGGCCGCAACCUUGCAUCCCAGAAUCCGGGGCAAUCCGAUCCUGCUCCAUCGCAAAUGCAUUCACCAGGCGCUGGAGGCCGCAACCUUCCAUCCCAGAAUCCGGGGCAAUCCGAUCCUGCUCCAUCGCGGAUGCAUUCACCACGCGCUGGAGGUCACAACCUUCCAUCCCAAAAUCCCUCAAAACAUCGUCCAUCUCCAUCUACGCGUGGUAAGGGGCAAUCCGAUCCUGCUCCAUCGCAGAUGCAUUCACCAGGCACUGGAGGCCGCAACCUUGCAUCCCAGAAUCCGGGGCAAUCCGAUCCUGCUCCAUCGCGGAUGCAUUCACCAGGCGCUGGAGGCCGCAACCUUGCAUCCCAGAAUCCGGGGCAAUCCGAUCCUGCUCCAUCGCGGAUGCAUUCACCAGGCGCUGGAGGCCGCAACCUUGCAUCCCAGAAUCCGGGGCAAUCCGAUCCUGUUCUAUCGCGGAUGCAUUCACCAGGCGCUGGAGGCCGCAACCUUCCAUCCCAGAAUCCGGGGCAAUGCGAUCCUGCUCCAUCGCGGAUGCAUUCACCAGGCGCUGGAGGCCGCAACCUUGCAUUCCAGAAUCCGGGGCAAUCCGAUCCUGCUCCAUCGCGGAUGCAUUCACCAUGCGCUGGAGGUCACAACCUUCCAUCCCAAAAUCCCUCAAAACAUCGUCCAUCUCCAUCUACGCGUGGUAAGGGGCAAUCCGAUCCUGCUCCAUCGCAGAUGCAUUCACCAGGCGCUGGAGGCCGCAACCUUGCAUCCCAGAAUCCGGGGCAAUCCGAUCCUGCUCCAUCGCAGAUGCAUUCACCAGGCGCUGGACGUCACAACCUUCCAUCUCAGAAUCUCUCUACACAUCGUCCAUCUUCACCUACGCGUGGUAAGGGGCAAUCCGAUCCUGCUCCAGUGCGAUCCGAUCCUGCUCCCAAUGUCCAGGCCAUGGUGGAGCCCGAGGUGGCAGUAGCCGGAUCCGGAUUGAACGGUCCAAGUGGAACCAUUGACGCCCGACCAUUGACUUCUGAUCAUCCAGCCCAAGCUGUUACAGUUGUCGAGCGUAAGCAAUAUUCUUACGAGUCCGAUAUAUCAAUGGAGGAUCUAUUUAUCAAGGCGGUCCAAAAUCAUAUGCCGCAAAGCCAUUUAGUGCCAGCCGUAAUGGUAGCCCAACCAGACAAUGUUGUAGUUAAUGAUAAUACCAAUUGUACACCAAUGCCGGUUAAUCCACCACCGACUGGAGCUUCCAAUGUGGCUGUUGCCCAUGAAAAUGAUUCGAAUUCGAUUCCAAACUCCGUCUUGGUGCAUUGUGCUAAUGCUGAUGAGUUUGAAAAGCCCCAGAUGGAGAUUGUUAAUAGCUCUGAUGUAAACCAGCAGGUGGUUAUGCCAACGAAUCAGCCAGAAUCUCCGAAACUAAAGCUAAAGAACAUGCAGCAGUCAAAGAUUCAAAGCGCUGAUACAACACCAGAAGCGAAAACUGAGGAGGCACCCACUAUCACUGCCCAUCCGGAGCCAAUUGACGAGGCACAUGCCAUCAAUUCCUUGCCGGAGCAGGUACCAAAGCCAACGGACACCAGUGCAUCCCGUCCACCUGUGAAAGAAGCUAUGCUGGAUGCUAUCUGUGCGAACAUGAAAGCAUUACGAAUCUCGGCGUCGCCCAAAAGCAAUAUCCCAAGGAAUCCAAAGGUCAAUAUGAAUCAUUGGCCCCCAUUGGAGAGCAGCAUCCGAAAGAAAAAGGCUGCCAAAAAGGAUAAUGCUCAACUGAAAAGGAGGUUCCCGAAAUUAGUAACAGUAAUUUCAUUUAACUCGAACGAUAGGCCUCCAAAAAGCCAUACAGCGGCACAGGAGAGGCAACUAGCAGCAAAUAGCGAUCGGCAAUCAGGAUUAGUUAAUUCAUCGAACUCACAUGCUAAUAAUCAUAUGAUGAGACAGAAAUCUGGUGGCCAAAAGACACCAGAAACCGAUUCAAAGCGUCGAUCAAUGGCCACAGAAAAACGCAAUUAUGAUCCACCAUCGAUGGACACAAAGAAACGGUCAUACGAUCAGGUUAUGGAACAAAAUCCUCAAAGGAACCUGGUGCUGCGCAACAAUUCGCCUCGGUCGCCAGCGGCUUCACAAUCCGUGCCCGUGGUGGUCGAAAAACGUAAUAUUCCUGAUAAUGUUUCGAAGCCGCCAGUGGUUAAAAAACCCUUACGUCCCAAUAAUGUGCAGCCAAAAAAGCCAUUGGAUGAACUGAAAACUCUAGGAUCGAACAUGUUUGACCUUCUGGUAGAGCCGGAUAUGGAGGAUGACAACGACGAGAACACUUUCGAGCAAGAUAAACCGGACGCCGACGAUGUUAGUCCACCAAAGCGUUCCAACUCGCAGAAGGAGAAGAGGCGCUUCAAGAAACAGAAGACGGCCCUUGAAAAGCAGAUCAAACUCACGAAAUUGGCCGAAAAGGAGGCGAAGCGGGUCGAAAAAGCAAAGGAAAAGGCCAAGAACGCGAAUGCGGAAAACGCUUUGGCGGCUAUACAAUCCAAUCAAACCCAAUCAGCUAACGAAUCCGUUUCGGGUGGCACACUUGGCAACUUUGCUCAGGAAACCAUAUUCUUUCAUCAACUGCCCGACGUGGUGGGAACUCCUCCGCCAUCUCAACCAAGAUCUUGUCCGUCGCCAAGUGUUGCCCGUUCGGAAGUGAAUUCCAAACAGCGUACGAUGAAGAAGCCCACCAAGUUGAGCACAUUCCUAGCGGCUGUAACCAAUGCCACAUUGAAAAAAAAAACCCAAGCUGGAAUUAACAAAGAUUUACCAACCCAAACAUGUACAGAUCCCGCUGCAGGAGUUCCUUUGCGUUCCAACGCAUCAGAUGCUGAAUUAAAGCUGGCAAUGCCGGUUUCCAAGCCCGAUGCAGGAGUUCCUUUGCGUUCCAACGCAUCAGAUGCUGUAUUAAAGCUGAAAAUGCCGGUUUCCAAGCCCGCUGCACGAGUUCCUUUGCGUUCCAACGCAUCAGAUGCUGAAUUAAAGCUGGCAAUGCCGGUUUCCAAGCCCGAUGCAGGAGUUCCUUUGCGUUCCAACGCAUCAGAUGCUGAAUUAAAGCUGGCAAUGCCGGUUUCCAAGCCCGCUGCAGUAGCUCCUUUGCGUUCCAACCCAUCAAAUGCUGUAAUAAAGCUGAAAAUUCCGCUUUCCAAGCCUGCUGCAGGCGUUCCUUUGCGUUCCAGCGCAUCAGAUGCUGAAUUAAAGCUGGCAAUGCCGGUUUCCAAGCCCGAUGCAGGAGUUCCUUUGCGUUCCAACGCAUCAGAUGCUGUAUUAAAGCUGGCAAUGCCGGUUUCCAAGCCCGCUGCAGUAGCUCCUUUGCGUUCCAACCCAUCAAAUGCUGUAAUAAAGCUGAAAAUUCCGCUUUCCAAGCCUGCUGCAGGAGUUCCUUUGCGUUCCUACGCAACAGAUCCUAUAUUCAAGGCGACAAAUCCGAUCUCCGAUCCGCUGGCACAACCGUCCCUGCUGUUGCCACAUAGGGUGUCAAAAGCGACAUCGAUGACCAAGGAUAAUUUCGAACGAAAUCGAGAUGUGGUGAGGUCAUCCCGAUCACCGCCAUCAUUGAAAAUCGAUAUGACCAAGCGAAAUGCUGAUAAGCUGGCAACAGCAUCUUCAUCUUCAUCAGGAACAGCACCAGCACACCCUCAAAAUAAUUCAUGGAAAUUUGACGUCCGUCCUGGCAAAGUUGUUAGCCUGCCACUUCUUAAGAAUGCUGAAGAUCCGAAUCGUGGGGAAAUACAGGAGCCAAUUGUAACCAGUGAACCAGGACAGAAUCCACCAGAAGAAUCCACCACGAGAAUCCACCGAAAACCACAAGAAGACUGAAGCAAAGCCGCACUUCAAUCAUUUCGAAGAUCAAAUAAUACUUGUGAUAGAACUCUAAGUCAUCUCUAUAAUCACCAUCACCUUGCCAUACAGAAUCAAUCGUUCAUUGACCAGAACAAUAACAACAUUAC